AUGGGGCUUCACUCGAGCUCACGCUCGAGUUCGCACCCAAGAUUGCUGGCCCCGACGCUGUUCUCGCUGGCCGCGGCCGUAGCCGCGUCCCGCUCGUCUUAUUUGCACAGUGAAACGUUGCAACCGGACCCCAAAGGUGACACAUUGGAAAUGGGACUUUACCUGGCAUCUCAGAAGGAACUGGCAGCUCACAUUCGCCAGAAACGAACGAGGACAUUGGCACAUUGCCGGUCCAGACUGACGCGGUGGCUGACUCGAGCAUGGUUCCAGUUUAAAGACAGAGUGCUGGAGCCUGUACUGACGGCGUGGCGGUUUUUAGAACUGUCGUUUCUGUUCGUGCCCGUGCUUUUGGCGUUUCCAAUCUCUUAUUUUGGCCAUAUGGUGCGGGUUUCAGGCUCCACCAAGAGCGUCAAGUCCACUUACGGCGCACUUUUGUGGUAUCGUCUGCUCAGAUUCGUGCUGGAGCUCGCAGGCCCAAGUUUCAUCAAACUGGGCCAGUGGGCUGGGUCCAGAACCGACAUCUUCUCGCAAGGUCUGUGUGUAGAGCUCUCCCACUUGCACAGCGACGCCAAACCUCACUCACUCAAGUACACGACGGGAGAGCUAUGCGAUGCGCUUGGCGUGAAAAACCUGGACGAGGUUUUUGAAGAAUUUCAAGAAAGUCCACUGGGCGUAGGUGCCAUCGCACAGGUCUACGUAGGCAAAAUGACCUCCGAGUUCGUGCAGAGCCGUCAGCUAGAGUUGAACCGCGACGAAAAUCGGUGGUGUGCAGUCAAAAUCAUCCAUCCACACGCAGCACGCAACAUCAGUCGAGACUUGAAAAUUAUGCGUUUUUUCGCAGAGGCUAUUGACAUGAUUCCAACCAUGGAGUGGCUUUCGCUGCCCAACGAAGUGGAGCAAUUCUCUAUCUUAAUGCGCUUGCAGUUGGAUCUCAGAAUAGAGUGUUUGAACCUCGCCAGAUUCAACGAUAAUUUCAAGGAUUCCUUCCAGGUCAAGUUCCCGACCGGAUUCCAAAGCCUGACCAGUCGCCAGGUCUUGUUCGAAGAGUAUCUAUACGGUUUCCCCAUGGAAGACUUCUUGCGGGCCAAGGACGACUUGGGCGACCCUGCGCUCAGCAAAAAAGUCAGCGACCCUUUCAUCGAUGCAUUCCUGCAAAUGCUGAUUCUGGAUGACUUCAUUCACGCGGACUUGCACCCGGGCAACGUCAUGGUGCGUUUCAUAAAGACCGACAAGUUCGGGACCAAGUCCGUCUCGACGCAGCAGGACUGCUUCGAGCUGGUGCACCGGCUGAAGAGCAAGCUCAGAAACAAAGAUGAGUCCUUCGUGCAAGAGCUGCGGUCCAUUGUUAACGAGUACACGCCCCAGAUAUGUUUUAUCGACGUGGGGCUCGUUACAGAACUCAACAAACGCAACCGUACGAAUUUUAUCGCUCUUUUCGACAGUUUGGCCAGAUUUGACGGCUACCGCGCUGGUGAACUUAUGAUAGAGCGCUCUCGCACGCCAGAAACAGCUGUUGACAAAGACCUGUUUGCGUUGAAAGUCGAAAGGCUCGUCAACAAGGUCAAAAAACGCACUUUCACGCUGGGCACCGUGUCGAUUGGGGAUCUUUUGGAUCAAAUGCUAGGCAUGGUGAGGGGCCACCAUGUUCGCAUGGAAGGAGACUUUGUGUCCGUUGUGGUCGCCAUUUUACUACUGGAGGGCAUUGGAAGACAAUUAGAUCCAGACCUGGAUCUCUCACUCCCAAUCCUACGAGAGUUUGGAAUGAAGCGCGAGGGACGCAGUAUUUUGCAAGACGUUGACACCCUGUCAAUGUGGAAAAUAUGGCUCGGGCUCGAACUCCGGCAGUUCAUGAAUUUGUCGGUAAAACAGAUGCAUGAUUUGGUAAAGACCGAUCAACUGUGUCCAAACUACUGA